UCCACCGACGCUUCUUCGCCCUCUUAGGACCCAUCAUCGCAGCCGCUGCGCCCUCUACCGCCCUCAUCGCCGCCUGUGAAUCAGGAAAACGCGCCCUGAACGCCCUCCGUUGACAGCCUCCGCGAUCCCCUUUGUCAGCACCACCCAACAUGGCGACCAAGGACUUCUUAGAUACCGCGGCCGAGCUGGGCAGCGAGGAGGAGGACGAGGACUUUGAUGGUGAGGCUGGCGAGCCACGCCAGAGGGCAAACGGAGCAAAUGGCAUCGAAGACUCCAGCGAAGAGGAGGACGAGGAUGAUGAAGACCUGCUUCGACAGGAAGGCGCGGGCUUCAUCGCCGACGAGGACGAAGAAGAGGAAGCCGAGGUCCGUAAGGAGCGCAAGCGACGGCGAAAGCGCAAGAUCCGUGAGGAAGACGAGGCUCUGGAUGAGGAGGACUUGGAUCUCAUUGGGGUCGAAGUCGAGCCGCGGGAAGCGACACAGUCCAAGUACAAGCGUCUGAAGCGCGGCCACAAGGAGCGCCCGAGCAGAUCGCGCGCCGUCGAAGAGAUUUUCUCCGACGACGAGGACCUCGCCGAUGAAGUCGAAGACGACCGACGACGGCCUACACACCUAGACGAGUUCGCCGAUUUCAUCGAAGAAGACCAGUUCGAAGACGAGAUCGAGGAUGAUCGCGAGGUUGGACAACCGGGCAUAUCUAUAAUCACAAGCGGCCUGCAAGCUGCUGGUCUGGACGAGGGCGCCGAGGAAGACUACAGGGCGGCCUUUGGCGACGGUACAGACUAUGACUGGGCCUUGGAGCUACAAGAGCAGGCGGACGAGGAAGAGGCAGGCGAGGGCCGCGAGCUCCAGCUCAAAGAUGUCUUCGAACCCUCGCAGCUUACAGAGCGCAUGCUUACGGAUGAGGACAACAUCAUCCGCGAGGUUGAUGUGCCUGAGCGCCUGCAGCUGGCCCGUAAGCCGUUCAAGGACCUCGAGCUGACUCCGGAUGAUAUGGAAACCCGACUCAAUGAGGAAGCGACGUGGAUCACCAAGCUGCUCUGGCCGAAGAAGCCCUUGGAUCCGUACUUCGAGAAGCCGUUCCGCAAGGCUGUUCGAAAGGUGCUGGAAUUCCUCAACAUCGAAGACUACGAAGUUCCUUUCAUAUUCAACCACCGGAAGGACUACCUGAUUCAUGCUCCUUCUGACGCACAGGACGAUCCGGACAAUCUCACGCCUAGGGAUACUCGGCCAGAGCGACUGCUGAAUCAGAGCGAGCUGUGGGAGGUUUUCGACCUCGAUCUCAAAUUCAGGGCCUUCACCGAGAAGCGCGAUGCUCUACAGAAGAACUACGACAACCUCAAGAGCGUAUAUCCUGAUAUUACGGACACGGUCAUCGAGGACCUGAUCCACAAAGCCGUCACGAUUGAAGAGAUCCAGGAGCUUCAAGACUACUUGCAUUUCCGAUACUCCCAAGAAAUGAGCGACGUUCGACAGGAGACUUCUACGAACGGAACACAGAAGCGCGCCAAUAAUGCCCGGAAUUUCUUCGAUAAACUCCGAGGCGGCAAGACAUACAGUUUCGUGCAUGCCAUCGGCAUCACGCCCGACGAUUUCGCCAAGAGGGCUGAAGGGGCGACAAUAGGCGGCCACUUCAUUGAGGAUCCCGCGGUGAAACCAGAGGAACUCGCUGACACCCUGGCUGAGCCGCCAGAAAUAGGACUUACUCUUCUCAGGUCCGCGAAGUUGCUAUACAUUCAGGAACUACAGAUGAGCCCUCGGUUGCGGAGAUAUAUGAGAGGGAGCUUCUACCAGACCGCCUCCAUCGACUGCAUUCGUACUGAGAAAGGAAUGCGCAAGAUCACCGAGGAUCAUCCGUUUUACGAGUUUAAGUACCUCCGCCGACAGACUUUCCUGGAUUUGCACGGACGACCGGACCUUUUCCUCAAAAUGCUCAAGGCGGAAGAGGAAGGCCUCAUCAAGGUAGAGAUACGCAUGGACAACUACGAUGACUUCAAGCGGAAGCUGCAUAACCACAUCGUUUCCGACAACGUCAGCGAGGUCUCGGAAUUAUGGAAUGCCCUUCGUAAGGAACUCCUAGACAACGCUCUCGACAAGCUACACAGCGCUAUUGCAGCGGGUGUCAAGGAGACCCUGCGAGCGCGAUGCGAAGACGAACUCGCUAGUCGAGCGCGGGAGAACUAUUACAAUAAACUGGAUCAGGCUCCAUUCAAACCGCGAGGCGCGGAGCUUGGCUCAACACCUAACGUUCUCUGUCUGUCGAACGGAAAAGGACAGCGAGGUGAGGCCAUCAUGUGGGCCUACAUUGAAAACGACGGCAGGGUCCUAGAGAACGGCAGGCUAGUCGAGUUCAGGCUUGGCAAUCGGGAUCGAGGCAUUCCGGACGGCAAAGACAUUGAACUGUUCGUGGAAGUAUGCAAUCGGCGACGGCCCGACGUCAUUGGCAUCAGUGGUUUCUCCGUGGAGACCCGGAAACUGUACAAGGACCUGCAGGAAAUCAUCAGCCAGCAUAACCUAAAAGGCCCGCAAUACGAGGACUCUGAGGACGGCACCGAGAAGAGCGACCCCUUGGAGGUCAUUAUGGUCAACGAUGAAGUCGCGCGUCUCUACUACAAUAGCGCCCGGGCGGCUGGCGAGUUCCCCAAGCUGGCUCCGCUUACUAGAUACUGUGUCGCUCUGGGCCGGUACCUCCAGAAUCCCUUGGCAGAGUAUGCCUCCCUCGGCAAGGACAUUGUGUCGCUACCCUUCGUCCAGAACCAGACUCUUAUCCCACAAGAGAAGCUUCUGGAUCGCUUAGAAAACGCAAUGGUGGAUAUGGUCAACCUCGUUGGUAUCAACCUGCCCGACUCGUACGACGACCCAUACAUGUCCAGGCUCCUGCCAUAUGUCUGCGGUCUGGGUCCGCGAAAGGCCGACCGACUCGUCAAGGCCAUCCAAGCCAACGGCGACGAAAUUCUUUCGCGUUUCGACUUGCUCGGUGUCUCGGAGCAGGAAACCCGCGAGUUGAAGGCCGCUAUGGGGCCAAAGGUCUUCCAGAACUGUGCCAGCUUCUUAUGGUUGCCCUUCGAUUCCAGCGAAGAAACCUCCGAUUAUCUGGACAACACCCGAGUGCAUCCGGAAGACUACGACCUGGCUCGGAAGAUGGUUGCUGACGCCAUGAACAUGGAUGAGGAAGAUAUCAAGGCAGAAGUCGAUGACGGCGGUCCUAGCGCAGUCAUCCGAAGGAUGGUCAGGGAUGACCAAACCGACCUGAUUCACGAGCUCAUCCUGGAAGACUAUGCCUCUGAGAUUGAGAAGAAGCUCGGCAACCGCAAACGCGCCACGUUGGAGACCAUUCGCGCUGAACUAUCCGAGCCUUACGAAGAAAUCCGGCAAAUGUUUGCCUUGAUGUCAUCGGACGAGGUGUUCACGAUGCUGACGGGUGAAACCAAGGAGUCUCUGACCGAAGGCAUGGUUGUCCCGGUACAGAUCAGGCGUACCUUCCCAGAUCACAUCGAAGUCAAGCUCGAAUGCGGUGUCGAAGGCGGUGUAUCCGAGUCGGAGUUCCCAGAAGGUGUCGGCAGCGGUCGCCAAGAACCUCGCCAUGUGUUCCAACCUCAUCAAACAGUCCGCGCUAGGAUCAUGUACCUGAACCGGAAGGCCCUCACAGCGCAGUUGUCAUUGCGCGAGGAUCUCAUUCGUCAACCGGCCCCGCGCCUGUUCGAGCGCAUCCCCGGUGAGUGGGAUGAACAGCAGGAAGCGGCAGACAAGAAGGCCGCAGAGAAGGAAAAAGAGGUUGCUUCUGGUCGGCCCAAUCGCGUUGUCAAUCACCCGCUUUUCUUCUCGUUCAACUCCGCCCAAGCAGAAGAGUAUCUCGGCAGCAAAGACCCGGGCGAAGUGGUCAUCCGCCCUUCGUCCAAGGGUUUCGAUCACCUUGCCGUCACUUGGAAAGUUUCUGACAACUCAUUCCAGCACAUCGAUGUGCUGGAGAUGAACAAGGCAAACGAGUACUCAGUCGGCAAGCAGCUCCGUAUCGGCAAGCACGUCUAUACAGAUCUGGACGAGCUGAUCGUCAAUCACGUCGAAGCUAUGGCAAAGAAAGUCACCGAGAUCAUGAAGGAUGAGCGUUUCCAGAAAGGCACUAAGGAUGAUACGGAAUUGUGGCUCCGAAAUUACUGCGAGGCAAACCCUCUUCGGUCCAUGUAUGCCUUCUGCAGCAUGCCCAAGUACCCCGGCUACUUCUGGCUCUGCUUCCAGCCCGGCAAGACAGGCACGCCUGGUGCUUGGCCCGUCAAAGUCAUCCCGAACGCUUUCGAGAUGCACAAGCACGUGUACCCGGACAUGACGGCGCUGAAGAACGGGUUCAAGAUGCUUUUCGGUAGUAAGGCUGGUGGAACCGCAGCGAGGCCGCCGACCACGGCCAUUCCGAGGCGAUAAAACUUGUGAGGGUGUUUGCUUCGUUCAAGUUUCAGAAUCUUUUGAUAUGUAUUCAUAGCUAUAUUCCUUCCUUUAUUUCCCUAGGCGGAGCGACUAGCAUUGCAGGAAAAGGAUACUUUGAAGACAUGGGAGCUUUGGGUGGAGUCGUCGGUAUUAUCUUGAGACUGGCGUUGUCGGAGCGUCCUGGGGUUUGGUGUAUGUGUAGCCUGGAUAUAGUGAAUGGGACUGCGCGUCAAAAGUUCAGUAUGCUCUGUCUCAUGCCAACUUCGACCCCGCAGCCCCGCUGUCGUCGCCGUCAAUCACUAGUCGCCAGUC